AUGUCUUCGCUGAGGAGUUCAGUUUGGGUCGCGUCAACAGACGGAAGAUGGUUGGAGGCGACCCUGGUGAACACCUCUGAGGACAAGUUCACAGUCCGCUUCAAGGAUGGCGAGAAAGUGUACUCCAAGGAUAAACACAACUUCUACCUCAAAAAUCCGCCAGAAGUCGAAGGAGCAGAUGAUUUCUUGACGCUGCCGAACUUGGACGAGCCCAACAUCCUGCAUUCUCUUCGUGUAAGGUACGGCAGAGGUCAUGUGUACUCAUACACGGGAAAGAUCCUUAUCGCUGUCAACCCUUGGAAACGGGUAAAUAUCUAUUCGCCGGAUGUCAUGCAGAAAUAUGUCAGAGGGCAGACUGAAAGCCCUCACAUCUUUGCAGUGGCCGUGAAUGCUUACAGGUCCAUGCUGAACGAUCUCAAUUCUCAGUGUGUGCUCAUAUCCGGUGAAAGCGGCUCCGGGAAGACAGAGAGUACCAAGUACGUCCUCAGCGUGCUGACAGUCAUAGGAGUGAGCAGCCAAGGGAACAACAACCAAAGACCGACGGUAGCAGAUCAAAUCAUGCUCGGGAAUCCAGUGCUAGAGUCAUUCGGAAACGCCAAGACCCUUCGGAAUCACAACUCGUCUCGUUUCGGCAAGUGGAUAGAAGUAGUGUUCGAUGGCUCCGUGAUCGCCGGGGCUGGUAUCAAGACAUACCUCCUGGAGAAGUCUCGAGUGGUGGAUCAGAUCGAGGGGGAGAGGAACUACCACAUCUUCUACGAGUGUUGUGCAGCCGUUGCCUCUGGCGUCACCUGUCUGAAGGACUUGGGGCUCGAUGCUGCUCACAGCUUUGCGUGUACUCGGACGUGUACAGAGGUAGAGUCAAGAGACGAUCUUGCUGAGUUCAAGGAAACAAAGGCGGCUAUGGACAAGAUGGGUUUCAAGGAUAGCGAUCAAAGGAGCAUUUUCGCAGCCAUCGCUGCCAUAAUGCACCUGAGCAACGUGGAGUUUGGAGAAGAGAUCGACUGGGAUGGAAACUCGGUGGCAACGCUGGACGUGAAGCAUCCCUCGAUAGUGCAGGCAGCCAAACUCCUCAAGGUGACAAGCUUCUUGUUUCUCUCCGGCUCCCUUGAUUUACGAGAGGGCCUGUGUACUCGCAUCAUCACCACAGGGAGAGAGUCGAUGAGGAAACCAGAGACAAAGUCAAACGCCACCCUGUGCCUUCAGGCUCUUUGCAAGGCGCUCUACGAGUAUGCGUCGAGUGUGGGUGAGGUGCAGUUUAUGGUUGCUGUCUUGGAUAUCUUCGGCUUCGAGUCUUUCGCCAAGAAUCGCUUCGAGCAGCUCUGCAUCAACCACGCAAACGAGAAGCUUCAGCUUCACUUCAACGGCUACUCCUUCCUCCAGGAGCGAAAGCUGAUGGAGAGCGAAGGGCUCGAGAUCUCUAAGUCGGACUUCAAGGACAACUCAGCUUGCAUCGCCCUGCUGGAGGAAUCCUGGGGGUUUCAAGCCACUCUGGAUGACGUGUGCAAGAUGCCCAAGGGAGACGACCUCGUCCUCCUCGACCGUCUGAGCAGCGAGAAAAGUCUGAAGGAGAGCGCCUACCUGGUGAUACCCAAGAAGAAGGAUGGUACUUUCAUCAUCCGGCACUAUGCUGGAGACGUCAAGUACACGGCCGACGGAUUCUGCGAGCGUAACAAGGACCUGCUGCCGGGUAGCGCGAUCGAGCUUAUGAAGUCAUCCAAGGACGAGCUUUUCUCCUCCAUAUUCGACAAGAUCGCCAAGGAGCAGGAAGGAGGGGACGGGGCUAAGGGGAGAGGCGGGGGAGGGAAGGGAAAGCAGAGCAAGAGCGUGAGCGCCAAGUUCAAGAACGACCUGUCGGAACUUAUGGGGUCCAUCAACGCCUCGGGCCCUCACUUUGUCCGGUGUGUCAACCCCAACUCGUCGAAGCUGGCGGAAGUUUUCGAGGAGGAGAAGGCGGUGGAGCAGCUGAGGUUCGGGGGGGUGAUCGAGGCUGUGAGGAUGGCACGUGAGAGCUUUCCCUCCCGUUUCACCCACGAAGAGUUU